AUGACCCGAGUCACCCUUCUCUCAGCUCUCCCCUUCCUCACCACCGUCUCCAUCGGAGUGACCGCCCACCCUCACCCCCGCCCAAUCUCCAACCUCGUUGACGAACUCGUCCGUCGCGCAACCACCAUUUCCCCCGACAACACCUGUGGUGGAACAAACGGGUAUACCUGUCCCGACAGCUCGUGCUGUAGUCAAUACGGAUGGUGCGGCACGACGACAGAUUACUGCGGUACAGGAUGUCAGCAAUCAUUUUCCGGAGCUGGUGCGACAUGCUCCACUGGUGACGCAGUGACAUCAGGUGGAUAUAUGCCAGCCGGUACCAAUACCUCCACCGUUCCGCGUCCCUUGGUCGGGAAUGUUGAGUACAAGGACUACUCCUCCGGACUCGGCGGAAUCUUUGAAUGUAUGACCCCAGGCCAAAUCGCACUCACCUUCGAUGACGGCCCCUACAUCUACACUGACCAACUCCUCGAGAAGAUACACACCUCCUACCCCGACGCUCGCGUAACAUUCUUCAUCACGGGCAACAACAUCGGAAAAGGCCCCAUCGAUGAUCCGCAGUAUGGAUGGGACAAGUCAUCCCGAUUUGUCCACCUUGGCAACCUGGAAACAGAAAAAUGGGAAAUGGAAAUGAACGAAAUGGCACUCCGCAACAUCCUCGGCUUCUUCCCCACGUACAUGCGUCCCCCCUUCUCGUCAUGUACCGAUGCCUCAGGCUGCAUCCAAUCCAUGACCGAGCUCGGCUACCACAUCAUCUACUUCGACCUCGAUUCCGAUGACUACAACAAAGCUACCCCCGAACUCGUCCAGAACGCGAAAGACAAUGUGAGGAAUGCGAUGAAGGCCCAGGGGAAGAGUCCGAGCACGAGUAGCUUCUUGGAGAUUAUGCAUGAUAUCCAUGAGCAGACCGCGUUGAAUUUGACGGAUUAUGUGAUGGGGUUGGCGACGCAGUUGGGGUAUAAGAUGGUUACUGUGGGUGAAUGCUUGGGUGAUCCGGAGGCGAAUUGGUACCGUGCCAGCAGUCCUGGCAGCUCUUUUAGCUCGUCCUCGGGCGGUGCAGCUACCUCAUCAUCCUCCAAUUCCGCAUCUAUCUCAUCUUCCGCCGCGGCAGCCUCAGCAUCCGGUACUACAAAAACGACCACAGACGGUACUUGUGGUGGCAACAUCAUCUGUGGAGGUGAUUUCCCCGGCUGCUGUUCUCAGUUCGGAUGGUGCGGUACUUGGGCCGUGUUUGUCGUCGGCGGCCAGAGGCACAACAACUACGAAGGUGAGCACGACUACUAA